AUGCCAACAUUCAGAAAACAAAAACGUCCAUGUUUGUUUGGAGUGAAAAUCAAAAAAAUGGCGCCACUGACCAAUGCCGAAAGGCAAAAGAAAUAUCGUGAAAAGUUGCGAACUCAAAAUCCUGCAAAGUACGAGGAGAUUAAAACAAAAAAUGCAGAGCGAAAUAAAAAACGGAAGAAAAUUAAUGAGUGUUCUGAAAUACUUCAAGAUUUGAAAAGAAAACAGUGGAGAGCUACUCAGCAACGCUGUAGAAUGAAGAAAGAAAAAACUGAUGAUACUGUUACGUCCCGACAUCAUGACUAUGCUACCCUUAACACAGACUGCGGGAAUAUGUCCUUGGUUAGAAAAUUACAAAGAAGGUUGGUUAGUCAAAGGAAACUAUACGAUGAAAAGAUAAAAAAGAUGAAGAAAGAAAUGCAAAGUUUAAAAAGGAAGUGUAAGCGUUACAUGCAGAAGAAUAGAGAUAUGAUUAGUUUUGUAGAUGAAUUAAAAUCGAAAGCGACUGAACCACGUGAAACACAGAUUGCUGCUCAAGAAGAAGACAAAACAAAUUUACAACAUCUCAACAUCAUUCAAAAUGAAAACGAAAUGACUCCUUUGUCCAAGUCUAACAGUUUCGUAGAACAAAACCUACCUCACAUUGCGGAAGAAGAUAAAGAAAAAGUAAAAAAGCACCUUUUAACAUAUAAUGUUUUAGUGAAUGCUAUUCAAGACACAUAUGAGAACACCGAAAAAAAUAGUGAACGAAAUAUUCUUAAAAGAAUCGUUAAAAAUAAAUGUAUGACCAAAUAUGUCAGGAAGAGUGUAAUAACGAGAUCUGUGCUGGGAUUAAAAGGAAGUGCUCGUCAAAGGAAAAUGAUUAAGAAAAACAAUAGCAUUGUAGACGAAAUUAUUAAGUUUUAUAAUAGAGACGAUGUAUCUCGAGCUACAGCGGGGAAAAAAGAAUUUAAAACUCAAGGUAAAAUAAAAAAACAAAGACGAUACUUGCUGGACACUUUGAAAGAGCUUUAUAAAAAGUACAGAGCGGAGGGAGGAAGAGCUAAAUUGACGUGUUUCAAAAAGUACAGACCAUAUUAUGUGAUACCACCGAAACUUUCUGAUCGAGAAACGUGUUCAUGCGUAAAGCACGAAAACGUCCUUAUGAAAAUUAAGAAGUUGACGUCCUUAGGAAUGAUUGAAACUACAAAUUUAAAUGACACCUUAUCAAUGGUGGUAUGUAACUUAGAUUCCAAGGCAUGUGCCUAUAAUGAAUGUUUGACGUGCUGCAAUAAUUGUAUAGAAUUUAACGAGGACACUUGUGAUAUGAAUGAAAUUGUUACUUGGGACGAAUUUGCUACUCAGGAACAUGAAUAUAUCAAUAAAAAUGAUGGUAAAAUGUCAACUACUAAGAAGGUAGUGAAAAAAGAAGUUCAAGAUAAAUUGAAAGCGCUGACUUCUGCCUUUAAUGAAGAUCUGAAAAUGAUGAAAAAACAUGUGUUCAACAUAAAACAUCAAUAUGCGCAGUAUCUGUCGUGUAUUACGAACUUAAAGUCAAACGAAGUAGCUAUACACAUAGACUUUAGUGAAAAUUACUUGUGCAAACUAUCAACCGAAGUACAAUCAAUGCACUUCGGUGCGUCGAAACCGCAGGUGACACUGCAUACUGGCGUUCUGUACGUAAAAGGAAAGAAACCACAGUCAUUUGGUUCCGUAUCUGCCUGCAAUGACCACACUCCUGAGGCGAUUUGGGGUCAUUUAAAACCCAUAUUAAACUACGUGAACACACAAUAUCCGCUGGUUAAUGCGGUGCAUUUCUUUUCCGACGGGCCAGUGACACAGUAUAAACAAAAAAAGAACUUCUUUUUGUUUACAAACAACGUUAAAGGUAUGGGGUUCCCCUAUUCAACCUGGAACUUUAGUGAAGCUGGCCAUGGUAAGGGUGCUGCCGACGGAGUAGGAGGAGCACUUAAACGCAGACUGGAUGACUUGGUCAAACAUGGCACCGACAUACCAGACGCUCACACGGCCUAUACACUUAUUAAAAAUUCUGACACCGCGAUAAUGAUUUUUUACAUCAGAGAGGAUGAUAUUGCUAAAAACUCGGUAGAGGAAGAUCUGGUUCCCGUUCCACAGACCAUGAUGUUACAUCAAAUAUGUAAUACUGAUAAAACUAACGUUAUACGGUUCAGGUUUCUGAGCUGUUUUUGUGCCGCUCCGCAAAGAGGCUAUUGCGAAUGCUUUGAAGUGAAGAAUCAUUGCCUUGUAAAGACAUUUACCAAAGAAAAUAAAAGCCAAAGAAGUCCAUCUUUCUUAAAAAGAAAGACAACUGAAGAUGACACGAGACAGAGAGAUGAAGGGAUAAAAAAGACAAAAGUGACAGUCCUAUCGGAUAUUCGAUACAGGGUAGAGAAUAUGGGUUAUGACAAUUUACAAAACUAUAGACCAUUUAAACUGAAAAGAAUGAAGAAAAUAAGCAAAGACUUUGUCCUGACAAAUUCCGGCAAAGAAAACAUAGAUUACGAUAAUCCUGUGCCCUCGACUUCAGGCACAAGGACUAAGCACGUUAAACAAAGUACUGUGAACGAAAUACAAGGGAAAAAAAUAGUAAAAAGAUACUCCAAUGACAGUAGUACUGAUGAAGACGACCAGUUCUCCUUGCACGAUUCUUCCGAUGACAAUUUUUAUGACGAGCUAUUAUCUGAUACUACGGGGGAAGAAAAUAAUAAGGUUAACAAAAAAUACACUGACACUGUGAUAGGGGAAAAGCAAGAUAAUUGUGACUUUACCAGAAUCUCUACGACAGAUGAGGUCAAAAAUGCUAAUGAGAAUGUGACUGAUAAAAAUAAAGAUAAUGUUGUACCAGAAAAAGUAGAAAAGGAAAAAUUUGAUAUGACUAUGAUUACUGACACUUCUUCAGCAGGUAAUUUGAAUUAG